CUUUCCUUUAGCAAAAGUCCGCUUCAGACCUGGUCGCACAGCGAGGUGGACAUGGCUCGGACAAGGGGUGCCCCCCGGCUUCUUACGGCACUUCUUCUCGUGGCGGCAGUGGCCAUUGGCCUGCCACGUGCUUUCAUCUGCGUGCCGAAGAAGGCAGCUGAUAGGGCUUUGUCUCCAGCACUCGGCGCCGCAGCAACGCUAGCAUGGGCGGAGCAGGCGCGAGCCGUGCAGGAGUAUCAGUACAUCGCGCCGGACAGAACCGGCCAGGAGCCGCAGUAUUUCCCCAAUGUCCUUGACCCGAAGUUCUCCUUCGAGGACUGGUUGAACAACCCGGAUUCUGAUUACCUGGUCUUCUUGACGGUGGUUACCGUGGCGGUGGUGGUUCUGAACUUCCUCCUCGACGUGGCGAACGGACUCUCGGAGGCCCUGGCCAGCGGCAAGUCCGGAAACCAGCAGCAGUGA